GAGACCGUGGCGGGAUUCUUGCUACCUUUGGUGAUAUUCUUGUCGUGCAAUAUCGCCGUGAUAUUUUGCGCAAAGAAAGCCGAGAGCACAAUGUCUUCCCCAACCUCGCCAUCCGGACCGGGUUACACAACCCACCGUCUGACCCGUCUCUAUCGUGUACUCUUCCUCACCAUGCUCCUCUUCCUCACCUGCUGGGUGCCUUACUUCACCUGCCGCUUUCUAAGGGCCUUUUCUCACGAUCGGCCCGACUGGAAGAAGGUCAAAGAAGGAGCGAUCGGCGCGGCGUACGUGGCGCUGUUUCUGGUUUACAUAAAAAGCGCGCUCAACCCCGUCUUGUACGUGUUCGCGGCUCGCGGACUCGGCCGCACGGUUCGCGCCUCACUGGUCUCGACGAUCGAGCGCGUCUUCAACGAGGAGCUGUCGGAGUCUUUGCGACGAAAGUCGUUGCGAAGAAGAGACUCUGAGUUUUAGGAUCUGAGAUCGAGAUUCCAGACAAAUGAAGAACACUGACUACAAGCAGAAAACACGCACAGCAUCUCGAGAGAUCGACUGAGGCUUCAAGUUUUAAUCUUGGAUUUAAUUGUGAUGCAUUGCAUUUAAGGAACUUAACUUAACCCCUAAUGCAAGGCUUUCCUUCCUGUGACUAAAGGCUGGUCAU